AGCAGCAGCAGGCUGGGCUUAGGGAUCUAUUGUUCCCUGCUUUAUUGCUGCUAGACCUCGUUCUUUCUCAUUAAGGAGCCAAGAGAGAAAGAGAAACAGAGAGGAAGAGGAGAGCGAGAGGAGAGUUCAGCCCCGUUCAUCCGGGAUUACUUCUUCUUGGACUCGCUGGUGUGGACAAAGCAGAAAACAUACUUAAGUCCAGCUCUCUUCCUCGUGGACAGGCUUGCUUUUUUCCUACUGACUGCAUUGGGAACUACAGUAGUUGCCGUGCGGUGGCCAUGGGGCUGCCCGAAAGAGCUGUGGGGACACCGGCAGUCUUGAGUGGGGCACCUCUCCCCUCUCUCUGGAGGUUAGCACUGCUCUUUUUCUCCAUCUGGGAGCUGGAUGCACAAACCGCAGUGGAAAAUAAACCCCUGUACAUCUGGCAAACAGGUCCAUGGGGUCGCUGUAUGGGCAGUGAGUGUGGUCCUGGAGGAAGCCAGAGCAGGGCGGUAUGGUGCGCCCAUUCUGAAGGCUGGACCACUCUUCACACCAACUGUGAUCAGACAGAACGGCCAGACAACCAGCAGAGCUGCUUCAGAGUGUGCGACUGGCACAAAGAAUUGUACGACUGGCAGCUGGGCGCCUGGAACCAGUGUGUCCCGGUGUCCAUGCGCAGUGCUGGGGUUCAGCGUCCUGCUGUGUGCACCCGGGGAGAGGAGGGCAUCCAGACCCGUGAGGUGGGCUGUGUCCAGAAAGUGAAUGCUGAGCCUGCAGAGGAUGCAAUCUGUGAAUACUUUGAGCCUAAACCACGACUAGAGCAGGCCUGUCUAAUACCCUGUCCUCGGGACUGUGUGGUGUCGGAGUUCAGCCCCUGGACUCUUUGUUCAAAAACCUGUGGAAUGGGCUUACAGAACCGGAUCCGCUGUAUCCUAGCUCCACCCCUGUUUGGCGGGGCAGCUUGCCCAAACCUGACUGAGUUUCAGACAUGCCAGCCAGGGGUCUGUGAGGGGGAGGAGAGCCUCUACAGUCUCAGGGUGGGAGCUUGGGGGCCCUGUUCUGUCCCGCUGCCAAGGCAAGCAAGACAAGCUCCCGGACUACCCAGAGAUAGUGACAAACCAUCGAGAGACACCGAUAAACUUUCCAAAGACGGAGACAAACAGUCCAGAGGGAGUGAAAAAACAUCCAGAGGGGGAGACAAGCAGUCCAGAGAGGGUGUCCUACAGUCUGGUGACGGUGACAAACAGUCAAAGGGAGGGGACAAGCAGAGCAAAGAGGGCGACAAACAACACAAAGAAGGAGACAAAUGGGCCAAAGAGGGUGAUAAAGUGCCAAGAGAUGGUGACAAACCAUCCAGACCCAACAGAAAACUGGGUCGAGCAAACAGGAAACCUGACAGGCCAUCCCGACAGGCAGACAGGCCCAAACGACAGAAAAAGGCUAAAAACAAGGAGAAAAGAGAGAAAAUGAGAGAGAAAGUCAGAGAGAGGUUAAGGGAGAGAGGCAAGUCAAAGGAUCCUGAGACGAGGGAGCUCAUCAAGAAGAAGAGGAACAAGAACCGUCAGAACCGCCAGGGAGCAAAGUUUUGGGACCUGCAGGUCGGCUACCAGACCCGAGAAGUGUCGUGUGUCCACAAGAGUGGGGAUGUUGAAGCUCUGAGCCUAUGCUCUCAGGAGACAUUACCAGUGAACUUCCAGGCCUGCGUCAUAACCAAAGACUGCGACGUGACCGAAUGGUCGGAGUGGUCAGCGUGCUCCAAGGAGUGCUAUGACCCCAACGGCCCCAAGGGUGAACGCACUCGUACCAGAAAAGUGAGCCAGUUCCCAAUCGGUGGAGGAGGAGAUUGCCCGGAGCUGGAGGAGAAGGAGCCCUGCAGCCCCCAGGGAGACGGAGUGCCACCCUGCAUUGUAUACAGCUGGAAGACCACAGAGUGGACGGAGUGCCGGGUGGACGUGCUGCUGAGCCAACAGGACCGUCGGCGUGUAAACCUCACAGGGUUGUGUGGAGGCGGGAUUCAGACGCGGGAGGUCUACUGUGUCCAAACCAGCACUGAUACACUACCCAACCUCAGCUCACUCAGGAGCAAAGAAGCAUUGCGACCAGUGGACAGCAUUCUGUGUCUGGGCAUCUCACCGAACACCACCCAGCUCUGCCAUAUUAGCUGUCCUGUAGAGUGUGAGGUGUCGUCAUGGAGUGCCUGGGGUCCCUGCACCUAUGAGAACUGUCAAGAUCAAGCAGCCAAGAAAGGCUUCAAACUGAGGAAGAGGAAGAUUGUCAAUGAGCUAAUGGUCGGGAUGGGGAACUGCCCCCACCUGGUGGAGGCAAUACCGUGUGAAGACCCCAGCUGCUACGACUGGCUGGUGAUUAAACUGGAGGAGUGCAUCCCUGACAAUGAGAAGGAGUGUGGACCAGGAACCCAGAUCCCUCAAGUGCAGUGUAUCAACAGUGAUGGUAAAUAUGUGGAAAGACAGCUCUGCCGUGAUGCCAUCCUGCCCAUGCCCGUUGUCUGCGAGGUGCCUUGCCCAAAGGACUGUGUCCUGAGCCCCUGGACCCCCUGGUCUCUCUGCUCCCAUACCUGCUCUGGAAAAAACACGGAGGGAAAGCAGACCAGAGCUCGCUCCAUCCUCGCCUAUAACGCUGGAGAAGGUGGAAUCCUCUGUCCAAACAACAGUGCUCUGCAGGAGGUGAGGAACUGCAAUGACCACCCCUGCACCGUGUACCACUGGCAAACAUACCCUUGGGGCCAGUGCAUAGAGGACUCCUCCAUUCCGGUCACCAACACAUCUGCGAGCAGAACACACGGGGACGACGCCUCCUGCUCAGUGGGGAUGCAAACUCGCAAGAUCAUCUGUGUCCGGGUCAACGUGGGCCAGGUUCCUCCCAAAAAGUGUCCAGAGAGUCUGCGCCCAGACACCGUCAGGCCCUGCUUGCUACCAUGCAAGAGAGACUGUGUUGUGAGCCCGUACAGCGAGUGGAGCCCCUGCCCAUCAACAUGUCGAGCAGGUGGUAACAAUAAGAAGAAGCAGUUAAGGAAACGUAUUAUCAUCCAGUUACCAGCCAAUGGGGGGCAAGACUGUCCGGAGGUGCUGAGCCAGGAGAGAGAGUGCGAGGCUCCAUCUGUGUGUCAUGGUUACCGGUGGAAAACUCACAAGUGGCGGCGAUGCCAGCUAGUUCCAUGGUCAGUACGCCAGGACAGUCCUGGAGCUCUGGAGACGUGUGGGCCAGGGCUGCAGAUUCGAGCUGUUUCAUGUCGGAAGCAGGAUGGAGGGCAAGCAGACGUUGAAACUUGUCUUAAGUUGGCCAGCUCCAUGCCGCCUCUCAUCCAGCACUGCCAACUGCCCUGCCAGGAAAACUGUCAACUCAGCAGCUGGUCGAAGUUCUCCUCCUGCACUGCCGACUGCGUGGGUGUCAGGGCUCGCAAGAGGAUGCUAGUGGGGAAGAGCAAAAAGCGUGACCAGUGUAAAAACCACCAAAUGUAUCCCCUGAGUGAGACACAGUACUGCCCGUGUAACAAAUACAACGCCCAGCCUGUGGGCAACUGGUCCGACUGUGUCCUUCCUGAGAAUGGCCGUCUGGAGGGUCAGCUGGGCAUGAAGGUCCAAGGUGACAUCAAGGAGUGUGGCCAAGGAUAUCGUUACCAGGCUAUGGUGUGUUACGACCAGGACAACCGCAUAGUGGAGACCUCACGCUGCAACAGCCAUGGAUAUAUUGAGGAGGCUUGCAUCAUCCCAUGUCCAUCUGACUGCAAACUAAGUGAGUGGUCCAACUGGUCACGCUGCAGCAAGUCCUGCGGCAGUGGUGUCAAAGUGCGCUCCAAGUGGCUCCGAGAAAAGCCCUAUAAUGGUGGGAGACCAUGUCCUAAACUAGACCAUGUCAGCCAGGCUCAGGUGUAUGAGGUGGUGCCUUGCCUCAGCGACUGUGGGCAGUAUGUCUGGGUGGCAGAGCCCUGGAGUGUGUGGAAGGUGAGCAACGUGGAUGUGAAGGACAACUGUGGGGAAGGUGUUCAGACCAGGAAAGUCAGGUGUAUGCUGAACACUAUAGACGGACCCUCGGAGCAAGUAGAGGACUAUCUGUGUGACCCAGAGGAGAUGCCACUGGGGGCCCGCAACAGCCAGCUUCCCUGCCCCGAAGAUUGCGUUUUAUCAGACUGGGGAACCUGGAGCUCAUGUGAACUGCCGUGUAGUGGGAACAGUACCCGUGAGAGGAGCGCUUACCCACUCCGCCAGCCUGGAGAAGAGAAGGAGUGUCCCCCGACUACAGAGACAGAGCCCUGCAAACUGAACAGCAACUGCUUUCACUACUCUUACAACAUCACCGAUUGGAGUACCUGUCAGCUGAGCAACAGUGCAGUGUGUGGAAACGGCAUCAAAACCCGCAUGUUGGACUGUGUGCGGAGCGACAGUAAAUCUGUUGACCUCAAGUCCUGCAAAGAGUUGGGUCUGGAGAGGAAGUGGCAGAUGAACGCUUCCUGUGUGGUGGAGUGCCCAGUCAACUGCCAGCUGUCAGACUGGUCUCCAUGGUCUGACUGCUCUCACACCUGUGGGCUGUCAGGCAAGCUGUGGAGAAGACGGACAGUGGUCCAGGCUCCUCAGGGUGACGGGAGACAGUGUCCAUCCCAGAUGGCGCAGUGGAAGCCUUGUCUAGUGAAGCCCUGCUACAGCUGGCAAUAUAGCACCUGGUCUGAGUGCAAGUCUGAGGGAGCAAGGUGUGGAGAAGGCCUGCGCUUUAGGAACGUGUCAUGCUUCGUGUCGGAGAGUUCGGGUGAGCAGGACAUCAGCCUGGUGGAUGACGAGCUGUGCGGAGAUCUGGAGCCCUCGGUGGACGGAGACACACACAUUGUUCUGCAGGAACCCUGUACUGUUCCCUGUCCAGGAGAGUGCUACCUGAAGGACUGGACCGUUUGGAGUCCGUGCCAGCUCAGCUGCGUACGUGGUGACGACCUGGGCUUCGGAUCUGUCCAGGUCCGCUCCAGAGCCGUGGUGGCCCAGGAUCCGGAGAACCUGCUGCAGUGUCCAGAGCAGGAGAUGGAGGCACGGCCAUGUACAGACGGCCAGUGUUUUGAAUACAAGUGGGAGGCUGCACCAUGGAGAGGCUCAUCUCGCCAAGUCUGGUGUCAGCGCUCAGAUGGACUUAAUGUUACAGGUGGAUGCCUGGCAACUUCCAUGCCGAUUGCUGACCGAUCCUGCGACCCGCCCUGCACCAAGCUACGUUCCCUCUGCACAGAGAUGGGUGUGUGCGGCUGUAUAGACGGCUACACUGAAGUGAUGACGUCAAAUGGUCAGCUGGAUCAGUGCACCCUCAUCCCCGUGCUGGAGAUCCCUACCGCAGGUGACAACAGGGCUGAUGUCAAGACCAUCCGGGCCUUGAACCCCACCCAGCCAGCAGCCAGCACGCCAAGCAGGGUGGGACGCACCUGGUUCCUGCAGCCCUUUGGUCCAGAUGGGAAGCUGAAGACCUGGGUGUAUGGAGUCGCAGCAGGAGCCUUUGUUCUGCUCGUAUUUAUAAUCUCCAUGACAUACCUAGCAUGUCCUUGUGGUUGUUGCCUCUGCUCCGAGCCGGGGUCCAAGUCCCCCUCAGACGGGGUUUACUGGAUGGACCCGGUGCCUUACACAUGUCCCGCCUGCCAGAAACUAGAGCAAGAGGAGUUACGGCAGCUCGGCCUGCUCCAACCACAUCUGCAGCAGGAGCAGCUAUAUGAGGCCCAGCUCCAAGAGCCACCUCCAUCACAACAGCCGCAGCAGCAGCAGCAGCAGGCACUGCCACACCCACCACCUCCCUUUGAAACCCUCAUCACUUAGAAAAGGCUUCACCUCACCUCCCUGUCACUCACUUCCACUUGUAGCCAAACACCUAGAGUGCCUGUUGACUCAUGUCAGUGGAUCACUUCCUGGAGCAAAAAGCCAAAGAAGCCUCAGCGACGGCAGAUGAACAACCGACUGAAGCCGCUGACUCUCGCCUACGACGGAGACGCUGAUAUGUAGAAGUCUUCCUGCUGACCGCACUGAGCUGGAGACUUCCGUCCUACUGCAGGGCACACGGGGUUGCUAUGGAAACCCCUUGAUGUCAGGGCUGCCGCUGGGCAUUGUUCAAACAACACGCAGACAUCCCAGGAACACGAGUUUGACGGAAAGAGAAACCUCAAAGAUCAAGACACUGAAUCCAUGUCCAUUAGCAGCCUUGAUAUUCCUGUCGUCGUCGUCUUUUUUUUUUUAUUUCCGUUUUGAUACUUUCAGAAGAGCCUUCAUGAAUUCUCUGUCUUCUUUCGGAAGUCUGCCUUUGCUUCUCUUGCCAUCUACUACUGCCAGUAACAUCCAAACCACGGCCGUUGGAGAGGGUCACACGAAAAGAUUUUGCUCUAAAAGCACAAAUCCUCUUCUUGUUAAUUUUGCCUCAGCUGAGCGGGAUAAUCUCGCUCCCUUCUUUGUCCCAUUUAGGAACAGUCAGAACCCACAGUGUUAUUAUGGCCUGGAUCCAUCUCACGAGAAGAGAAGAUAAAACCAGAGGAGGAAAAAAAAAGUGUAAUGAAUCCCCGAGCCGUCAUCACUUCUGCCUGCCUAUCCCUUCUCAGUCUUUCAGGCAUAAUUUUGCACUAUAUUAGUGCAGCAUGAUAUGUUCUUAUGUCUAGCUUCACCAUAGGAAACUGCCUCUCUCAAUACAAGAUGGUGUACAGUCUUGUGCUAGAAAUGUAAAAAAAGUAGACUUUUUUGCAAACAGAACUCACCAAUGUUUGUAAUAUUUUUCUUCUAUUACCUCUUGUAUGUGAUACGAUGGGACUCCGUGUAAAUAGAUUUCUUUUUUUUUUUUUUUGUGGUCUCAACCUUACCUUUCUAGUAUGUACAGGUUCACGUCCCAAACUCUGCCUGAAUUCAUUUAUUCUCUGACGAGCUUUUGACUGUGACUUCAGGAUUUUUACUUUUGUAAUUAAUGGAUAAACGUCACUGUUGUGGAUUCAGAGUGCAUGAGACCCAUAGAAACGCAUUCAUCGUCACGAAACUCUGUAGCUGUGACAGGGGAGGAACAAAAGACGUAGACAUGGAUGGCGUCAAAUACUCAAAUACAUUCACAACAUUUACAAACACAUAAAAUCAAUCAAUUCUGUUGUUUUAGAUUGUGACGUAAAUCUUCUAGAUUCUUUUGCGAUCUCACUUUGCUACAAACUAACGACUUCACAUGGCGUGAUGCCCGAUCAUGUCAAAAGGUCAAAGUGUUUGAACCUCAGUAGUGACGCUCAACGGUGGAGGGAAAUGCCCGUCAGUGAAGAUUUGAUUUAUCUCCGAGAGCUCUUGCCUUUCAUCUCUUUUGGAAUAUGAUGAGUUGUGAUAACAGCUCACACUUCUGGCCAGGGGCUGAAGUGUGAGCUGAUCAGAUGUUAUCUUCAGGAGUUGUUCGAGUGUACACAGGCAACUGGACUUUACUGGUUUUUCUUGAGGAUGUUUCACCUCUCAUCCAAAAGGCUUUUCCAGUGAAGUGAAAUGAAACAAGCAAGUCCAGUGGACACUGGAACAACUCCUGUAGAUGCCAUCACCUGGAUGACUGACAACUUCCACAGAUAUGUCAGAUUGUUAGUUUUGGAAAGUUUCCGAGAUUGACAUCCACCACUUUGUUCUGUUUUGUCAUUUGAAGGCAGCUUCUACCGUUCAGCAAGUUAACAGGGAAUUAGGGAAUUAGGAACCUCUACGUGUUCUACUUGUUUUUUGAUGAUUCCUGAAGUGAAUCAUCAGUUUUUACGCAGCUCAUCGAUGUGCUCCCACCUUCUUAUUUCAUUUUUUUCAGCCUUCACUCAGAUUUUGCGUUCAUCCCAGAAUUUUGGCUUCUGGUUUACAAAUAGUAAGUAUUUACAAAUAGUAAGUAUUGGCUUAAUUAAAGGCUGAUACAUCAUCGGUAACUAAAAAGAAAGUGAACCUCCAUCUUCUGUAGACAUUUUGUUCUUGAUUCAUUUUGAAUCCACACAGGUCUUAAGGUGUUCGAGAUGUCCUGUCUGCACCGUCCUCAAAUCGGUCUAAUGUCGUCUGCAGCUCAACAACAAACACUCCCCUGUACUUAGUUUUGUUGAGGAGGUUCCUUCCUGUUCACAGCUACAGAAAAAAACUGUCUGAGAAGCAUUCAGCUCUGUCUUACAGGUUUCACUCAUCCAUUCAUGUUUACUGAGACUCUCCAUUCAUGUAUUUCAGAGAGAGGAAACAGUUGUGGCCUCACUUUCUUAAAGAGCUUUCAGUCGGACUACAUCAGCCUGGGUGACCUGUGGAUCCCAUGAUCAAAUCCCAUGUAGGAGCUUUUCUACUGAUAAGAGCACAUUUCAGGAAGAAUCAUUAUACGGCGACAUUUUGAUGUGAAAACUGAAACCAUACAGUGCUGCCUAACAUCACUGCCUGAUGGAAGCUCGGGGGUCCAGUCACCCAAAGUGAACGUUGUAUUAUUUGUUAGAACUGAGGCAUCAUAUCGUUGCCAGAGAAUGGCAGUUUAAUAUUCUGUGGAAUUUGUUGCUAGUAAAUUAAUGGAAUGUUUAAUUUAUAUUACUUGGAAUAUGAGUUGUAAAUAAAGUGCUAAAUAUUUCUUUUUUUUAUUAUUUAUUGUUCAUGUACCAUAAUAAUGUUUCAUUUUUUACUACACAAGAUGUUAUGGAUACAUAAAACUAGAAAAAAAAUGGAGGUGUGAAUGUGGGUGUGCUAAAAGGGAAAUUGAUAACCUUGUGAAAAAGUCGCAGAUAAAUCUGUCCUUUUCCUACUGUUUGUUUAUUUGUAUUUGACUAAUUGCUGAUAAUAAACAAGGGGGAUAUUUGAAA